CCUUUUUUUCAAUUUCGUUUUUUUAAUUAUUAAAUUAUUAAAUCAGCCAUUUUCCCCAUUUAUAUAUACCUAACCUCUUCUUCUUCUUCUUCUUCACCCUUAAACCAUCCCUCUCUUCUUCCCCCGUUUCUCUUCCGCUGUUGCCAACUCUAAAGUGCUAGUUAGUUCACUCACUGUUCCUCGCACCCUGCCCACGUUAUCCGUAUAGCUUAUUUAUGUUAAUAUGCUGCGUUGUCUGAACAGUUCGGAGAAUCUCGCCGAGUCCUGCUCUGAUAUGACAUUGACAUUGUUAGAAACGCAAAGAGACAGGAUGAAAUGGCAGCAACCGCAGUUUCAUCACCAUCAUCAGAACCAGAACUACUUUUCUGGGAAUGGGUUUGACGCUGCGUUCUCGCCUCUGCAAGUUCCGAAUUCUGGGGGAUUGAUGGUGAUCAAUGGCGGCGGUGGCGGUUCUGGGCUUGGUGAGGUGGCUGCUAAUGCCAGCUCGGUGAAGCCAGCCCCGGGUUGGGAAAAUGGGUGGUCCGAAUUGGAUAAGGCCGGCUUGCCUGGUACGGGAUUUGUGUCUUCUGGAUUUAACGUGAGCUCUGCAAUUUCGAGGACUUCUAGCUGCCCGCCGUCUGUGGUGGCGUCGGCGGCUGCCACGCCAACGGAGAAGAUGAGAUCGACAAGUGGGAGAGAGAGCUUCAAGAAGAGGAAAUCUGAUAAAGCUCAGAUCCCCAAGGCUGUUGCAGAAAAUGAGAAGAGCAAGAAAAACAAAACGAGUGUUGAGAAAGGGGAACCCAAAGUCACAAGAGAUAAUAAUGACAAGAACAGAGAAACAUCUGCAGAAUCUUCGAAAGAGAAUUCAAAAGCGUCUGAGGUUCAAAAUCAGAAGCCUGACUACAUUCAUGUCCGAGCACGUCGUGGACAAGCCACUGAUAGCCAUAGCUUAGCAGAAAGAGUUAGAAGGGAAAAAAUUAGCGAGAGAAUGAAGUAUUUACAAGGUUUAGUGCCUGGUUGUAACAAAAUCACAGGAAAAGCUGGAAUGCUCGAUGAAAUCAUCAAUUAUGUUCAAUCUCUUCAACGACAAGUAGAGUUUUUGUCGAUGAAACUAGCUGCUGUAAACCCAAGGAUUGACUUCAACGUUGACGAUCUGUUUACCAAAGAGGUUUUUCCUGCUUGUGCUUCUACGAGUUUUCCAGCCAUAGAUAUGACACUUAACCCUGCCUAUCUUCAGUUUAAUCCAACACAACAUGUUGCUUCAUGUUCCGGAUUAGAUAUGGGCAUAAACCCUCCAGAUUUGGGACUUCGAAGGACCAUUAGUGCCCCUGUAUCCUUGCCAAACGAAACGUUUCUUGAGCCACCAUGUUUCAAUCAAAUUCUGCCAUUUUCAAACUGUGAAGCUGAUUUGCAGAACCUGUACAAUGUGGCUUUUGAUCAAGCCAGAUCAACAACGUCGUCCUUUCCUUCUCAGCCAUUCACAGGACUAAUUGAAGCUAGCAAUCUAAAGAUGGAGAUGUGAAGAAGCUGAUGUUAUAUUCCAACUUGUUGGAUGAGCUCAGUGAAUCUGAAUGACUCUUGUCAAGAUUUUUUUUUCUUUUUAAUUUUCUUUUCGAGUACAUAACAUAUAUUGUUUGUAUACGUUCUCCAUAGUAUAAAUAAAUAUCAGAUUCACACCCUUUUGACUUCAA